ACGUACUUUCACUUUCAGGACAAGUCCUUAGCAAGUCUUAGCGGGGAUGUGAGCAAGUUCAAGUUUUGCGCCAUGCUCACUGCGAGUGUUUUCAAAGGGUCGGACGGUGCACUGUUGGAAAAACCAGGGGACCCAGUAAAGAAUCUUUCCUCUGUGGCCGUACAAAAAGAUAUAUGCAACACAUCGCCAGUGCUCGACCCCACGGCAAUGGCUUUAUACAGCGUCGUCAGGUCGAACUUCUACGGAUUCGAUAACCCGACCACGAUUGCCACAAAGGUGAGGAGCAUACUGAAAGCCCACACAACAUUUUGUAUUUUGAUUUACAACGUCCAUCAUGACGACAUUCCCAACACCUGCGCCAGGGGAAAAUUUGCGCUCACAACGGCCGCGAGAAAUGCCUUCGACAACACCUAGAGUCAUCGGAGUCCUCCCAUCAUUAGCAGAUUCCCCAUUCAGUGUAUGUGUUUUGAUGCAACUGGAAGCAUCUCAAAGGAGUUCAUUUUAAGGUGCAUUUGAGACUCGCUCAGUAUACCUCUCUUUUGCUGG